UCAAUCACGGCAUACACACAACCCCGACGUGUUGUCGGGCUUUGAUCAGUACUGAUUUUCUUGAAGUAAGAAAAGGCGAACAAAGUAAAGAACUAUGAAAGACGGAAGAUCCAAGUACCUCGUUAUUGCGGUUGCUGUAAGCUUAUGUCUUGUAGGGAUUUCAAUCGGAAUAGGCUAUYUUAUUGGACGAGCCGUUAAGACAAAGGAAUUCGAAGAUGCCCAAAAAUCAGAAGUUAAAGGCACAGUGGAAAAAAACGUCGGUUUGCACAAAGAAGCUGUAAAUGAUGUUUCGACAUCGAAUUUACGAGAGAAUUUAAGGUACUUCACGAGGCAACCCCAUUCACCUGGUUCCAAAGAAUCCUAUGACUUGGCUCUCUACAUUAAAGAAAAAUGGUUGAAAUAUGGGUUUGAUAAAGUCGAACUGAAGAAGUACAACGUCCUCCUCUCUGUACCAGAAAAGGCUGGUGUAAUUACRGUGAAGUAUGCGAAUGGCAGUCAGUUCUAUCAGACGCAGCCGGUUGAUGCUUCCAUGGACCCUGCGUAUAACGAUUCUAGAGUGUUCCCUCCUUUCGGUGCGUUCUCUCCAGCUGGUUCUGUUACGGGAAAGUUGGUGUUUGCAAACUAUGGAAGAGCUAGUGAUUACAGUACUCUUAAAGCAAACAACAUCAGCGUUGCAGGAAAAAUUGUCAUAACAAGAUUUGGAAAGUCAUCCAGGGUCGUCCAGCAUGGGCGUGCACACAGAAAUGGAGCUAUUGGUCUCAUCAUGUACAUGGAUCCUGAAGAAUAUGCCAAACAAGGCGUUGACAAAGUUUAUCCAGAAUAUAAUUGGAUGCCUAAAAAUGGGGUUCAGAGAGGAACUCUUAAAUAUUCCCCGGUUAGAGGGGACCCCCUAACUCCUGGCUAUCCAMCUGUUGAUGGUAUUUAUCGUCUACCUCUUGAAGAAGCCAAGAAAGAUCUACCACAAAUUCCCGUCCAGCCAAUUUCGUACGGCGAUGCCGAGCCUUUAUUGAGGAUGCUCAAGGGUGACGUUGGAAAGGGAUCGGWUUGGCAAGGUGCUUUACCAUUCACCUAUGGAGUGGAAAUGGAGAAAAAUGACAKCAGGAAUGUAACUUUAACUGUGAAUACGGCACUGAAGGCGUUUGACAUCUACAAUGUCAUUGGUACUAUAACCGGAACAGUUGAGCCAGAUCACCUGGUCUUACUUGGUAACCAUAGAGAUGCUUGGYUAUACGGUGCGGCUGAUGCUUCUAGUGGUACUUCUGCCAUGAUGGAAACGUCCAGGGUGAUCGGAAAUAUGCUGAAAAAGGGUUGGAAACCAAGAAGAUCGUUGGUAUUUUGUAGUUGGGGCGCAGAAGAACCCCAGCUGAUGGGAUCUGCGGAAUGGAUGGAGGACUAUGCAAGGCUUCUCCAUCGUCGAGCAGUCGCUUACCUUAAUGUAGACAUGUCUGUCGAUGGAGCGUAUUCAUUCAGAGCUAAGUCUAUGCCUUCCAUGGACUGGAUUUUGUUUGAAGCUACUAAAAAGAUUCAGAGUCCUUAUAAUAAUGAAACAGUUUACGAAGAAUGGAAAAGAAAGAUUCCCGAUACAACCUCAAGAUAUGAUGUAAAGGGAGUAGUUCCGAGUACUCAGACAAUCAAAGCUGGUAGCGAUUAUGCUGUGUUCUAUCAGAGACUGGGAAUUCCUUGUGUGGACAUACGAUAUACAUAUGAUAGGAAGACRAGUGGCAAUCCYUUAUACCAUUCAAUCUAUGAUAACUUCCACAUGAUGUCAAAACUGAUUGACCCUACAUUCAAGUUCCACCAAGUAACUACACGAGCAUGGACGCAGAUCGCUUUGGACAUGGCCGAUUCGUUCAUCAUUCCUCUCAAUGRCACGCACUAUGCAUAUAUGUUGAAGUAUUACCGUCGUAUUUUUUGGAACAAAUUUAAAAAGGAUUUCGAGGCAAAUGGGAUAUCCUUUGAGCACGUUGAUUACGCUAUUGGGAAUUUUAGCAGGGUUGCUGAGGAGUUCCAAAGCAAUAUUGACAAGGCCGAUCUGAGAAAGCAGAGUUACCUGUACAGGAUCAAUUCUCGAUUGGUUAACCUUGAGAGAGCAUUCAUUGAUGACAGCAUCAUCAGCCCUCCAAGACCAUUUCAAAGGCAUGUGAUCCUCACACCCAGUGUGCGGUUAUAUUAUUAUKUUAUGGGAGGAGUGGUUGAGGCGAUUUACGACGCCAGGAAAGGGGGAUCAUGGGAAGGUGUUAAGAAGCAAGUUUCUGCCAUUCAGUAUGGCAUCCAAUCGGCCAGUCAUCUGUUGGACAUGUCUCCCAUAUAGUACGAAUUAGAUAACCCCAGUCGAGUCAUAAACGGAUAACUAUGCAAUUCGCGUACAUGUAUUUUAUAGUCUACAAUUGUAGCUUGUUUUAUUAAACUAAACAUGCGCUCCACACAUUUUAUCGUCUAGCUUGUGACACACAAUUUGUUAUUGAUUUUACUUUCACGAAACUUGUAACGGGUCUUAUAGACUAGUGCUAUUUAACAUCGAAACAGCUGAUAAUUAUUAGUUUGCAAAUAUGCAAAUAGGAUUAGAUAAAAAUGUAUAACAAAUGACGGGUUUUAUGUAGUUAUUGACAUAUAUUUGUAGAUAAUAAAGCGUUUUUAAACAGCAACGA